GAAAAAAAUUCUUAUAAUUUACAAUUAGAUAAUCAAGCAAUGAAAAAUGGUAAUAAAAUGGGUGAUGAAGGGAAUAUUAGUCAUGAUUCAAUUAUGUUUUUACAAAUGAAAAGAAUCAAUUUCCCUAAAAAUAUUAAAAUUUUUGGUUUUAAUUAUAUUGAUAUCCCAAGGUUUCUUUUAACCUGGCAAAUUGUUAAAUUAGCAAUUAUUAUUCCGGUUUUCAUUGUUUUAUUAAGUGUUCCAACUUUUAAUGAUUUACAACAACAUCGUUGUAUGGCGGUUUUGGCGGUUUCUGCUAUGUUAUGGGCUUCAGAAGCUUUACCUUUAUACAUCACUGCCAUGUUGGUUCCUUUAUUAAUCGUUACUUGUAAAGUUUUAAAAGAUGAUGAUGGUAAUGAAAUGACUGGUGAAGCAGCUUCAAAAUAUAUCUUGGGUACUAUGUGGUCUUCAGUCAUUAUGUUAUUAAUGGGUGGUUUUACUUUAGCUGCUGCAUUAUCUAAAUAUAAUAUUGCAAAAGUGAUCAGUUCUUAUAUUUUAGCAGCCGCUGGAACAAAACCACGUAAUAUCUUAUUAGCAAUUAUGUCAGUUUCUGUUUUCCUUUCAAUGUGGAUUUCAAAUGUUGCUGCUCCAGUUUUAUGUUUUUCAUUAAUUCAGCCAGUUUUAAGAACUGUUCCCACUGAUUCUCCAUUUGCUCAAGCUUUAGUUUUGGGUAUCGCAUUAAGUUCAAAUAUCGCCGGUAUGUCAUCUCCAAUCUCCUCACCUCAAAAUAUGAUUGCAAUUGAAUCAAUGAAUCCAAGCCCUGGUUGGGGGAAAUGGUUUGCUGUUGCUUUACCAGUUUCAAUCAUUGGUAUGCUCGGUAUUUGGGUCGAAUUAGUUUUAACCUUCAAUAUUUCAAAAACUAAAGUUAAAGCUUUUAAACCAAUUAAAGAAAAAUUCACCGUUAAACAAUGGUUCAUUAGUAUUGUUACUAUCGUUACUAUUCUUUUAUGGUGUUUAUUAACUAAAUUACAAUCAACUUUUGGUGAAUCAGGUAUUGUUUCAUGUAUUCCAAUUAUAUUAUUUUUCGGUACUGGUUUAUUAAAAGUUGAUGAUUUAAAUAAUUUCCCUUGGAAUAUUGUUUUAUUAGCAAUGGGUGGUAUUGCUUUAGGUAAAGGGGUUAGUUCAUCUGGUUUAUUGAAAACUAUUGCUACUUCUUUACAACAAAAAAUUAUGGGAUUCAAUGUUUUUGUUGUUUUGAUUAUUUUUGGUAUCUUAAUUUUAGUUGUUGCAACUUUUGUUAGUCAUACUGUUGCUGCCUUGAUUAUUAUUCCUUUAGUUAAAGAAAUUGGUGAAAGUUUACCAGACCCACAUCCUCUUAUCUUGGUUAUGGGUACUGCUCUUUUAGCUUCUGCUGCUAUGGCAUUACCAACUUCUGGAUUCCCUAAUGUAACUGCAAUUAGUAUGAGAGAUGAUCUAGGUAAACCAUAUCUUACCGUUAAUACUUUUAUUACUAGAGGUAUUCCUGCUUCUAUCAUUGGUUACAUUUGUGUAAUCACUCUUGGUUAUGGUAUAAUGAAUGCUCUUGGUUUCUAAGCAUGUUUCUUC